CAUGAAAAGGCUGUCGGUGCCACCACUGGAGCUGCCAAACUUACUUGCCUUCUUCAGUCAUUGCUGGAAAACGUGGUUCUUUGUUUGCUCAUCAACCCCACCUUUACCAUCAACAGCAGCGCCAGCAAUACGAGGAGCCCGCCAUGGCACCCAUGGAGCAACGGUUAUUUGCUGCAUUGACGGCUGCUGGAUUCGAUGAAAGUACAGUGCGCAACAUGCGUCAAUCCUCCGAUGUUGGCAACGCUCUAGGUACCCUGUGGCACAUGUUGAUGGAUAACAUGAGCAAGAACGAACCCAUGGUAUCCGGUGUGGCCGUGCCUGCAAACAACAGAAAGAAGCCAUCCGAAGGACCCGCAUACCGGGUCGUUGAAAAGGGCACACAGACGGAUGACAUGCCACCAACACCAUCACCGACAUCGACACCACAGAAACAACAACAGCAUCAACAAUUACAACCACCACCUUCGCCUGUUCGUCCCACCGUGUCUGAGCCUUUAAGACCUGCUGCACCUCCCGCCAUUCCAAUUACAUCUAUAGAAGGACAUCCCAAGGUCAGUGUCAGCAGCGCGCAAUCACGGUCAACGGCGAGCUCUACAAGCGAAAAAAGUGGCUGGUUCACUUCAGUCAAGUCGUGGUUCGGUACAACAAAGCAGCAACAGCAACAGCAGCAGCAGUUUGAAGAACAGCAACGACUUCAUGCAGCAAGCGCAGCACUCCGUGCUCGAGAAAUCCAGGAAUCAUCGCCAGCCUAUCAAUUAGGUGCGAACCAGAAAUACCGUCGUCAUGUGUUACAGCUUCCCAACUCGACCACGGCAGCAAAUCAGCAACAGGCCGACCCGUUUUCUUACAGCAGCACAUUUGCACCUAGCAACAUGCCUCAGUAUCCAGCCUUGGCCCGUCCACAGGCUGCGCACAACAAGCCAUCCUUAGAUAGUUACUAUAAGGCUGGCAAUGCGUUUGGUCCUGCACGUCCACCGACAGUCUUGACUUGCCCCAAAUCAGCAGCAGUUGCCAACACGCUGUCUGCUGUAAAGACACCACCACCCACAACUGCUGCUACCCAAAACACGGCAAUGGAAGUCGAUGUAUGCGAGAAACGAUAUGCACAGUACAGAUCUGCAAAUCGACCGGGGACGGAAACGGUUCAACGACAACAAGAUAAACCACAAGAACCUGUAGUAACAAUUGCUGUCUCACCAGCACCACAGCGACCGUUGGGUAUUGUGGCACCCAAGUCUCCUGUGCCAACCACAACCGUGUCGACGCCGGUGACGCCCAUUCGAACCACCAGUCCACCCGGCCUUUCUUCUUCCCCUCUUUCCAGCCAAGCCAGCUCGCUCGUAGAGGAAGAAGAAGACGACGACGAAGAGGCUUCGUCCCCUGCGUCCUCUAUAUCCACCGUAGAAAACCUUGAGGAAGACAACAACAAGAAGAACAAUAACGGCAGCAGUAGCACUAAUAACGUGAACAAUCACAAGCUCAACGUGCCACCGCCUUCUCCCACUUCAACGCGAUCUUGGCCUUUGGUAAGUUAACUAGUAUGCGGAGAAAGAAAGAUGGUCUAACUGUCCACUGUUAUUUAGGCAUUCCGAGAAAACAACAAUGCUUCUGCGAAACGGUUUGACUUCGCAGCACCUCGGUCGCAAUUGGGAAUAUACAACGACGCAGGGCGCCGGAAGCCCUUGGGAGCCAAAGUCAUUAUAGAAGAAGAGGAAGAAGAAGAAGAAGAAGAGUAGUAGUCCAGUGGUUUACUAGUUUCUUUUAGUGACGAAAUACCCAAACUUAAUAUUACUUGCCCUUUUCGCUUUGUACAC